AUACAAACAGUAUGUGACAGUUUAUAGAAUAUUAUUAUAACAGUUAAUGAAAUAAAAAUAAAUCUGGUAUUAAUUAUAAAAUACAUUAAAAUACAUAAAAUCUAGUAUUGCAUUAUAAUAUAAUAAAGAUGCAAAAUGUUACGGUUAAAACAUGCAAGCGAAUAUGCCAUUUUGUUAGAUCAUGACAGCAGUGAAAGUUCAUGGUGGAAUUGACAUUUUGAGGCUUCCUGUUAAUCAAGAAGAACAUGUAUUUCCUCCGUGGCAUAUCAAAUACACGCAGUCACACAUACUUCAUUCUAAAUGUUCUAAGAGUGAAAAUGGUUGUGGCGAUAAGGAUGCUGAUGCCUGUCAAUUUUGCAUUUUCAGCCGUACCUUAGAAUUGCCGCACAUGCCAGACAUGGUAUUUCCAAAUAAUAUAUUAACUUUAAAACAUCAGGAUGGUGCAUCCAUGCAAUUCAAUGCAUUAGAUGCUUUGAGAACUGUAUCAAAUGGAAAAAUUAAUAUUCAAUUAGCAUGUGCAGAAGCUUGGAAAGAAUCCAGAUCAGAAAGCAGUGAAUAUUUGGAAGAAAAAGUAAAACCAUUUGAUUGGACAUUUACCAGUAAUUAUACUGGGACGAUAUCUAAUUUUGAAAUUCAGGAAACUAAUGAACGAAUUGACGUGGAUAAAUUAAAAAGGAGAGAUAAAAUCCUGUUUUAUCAUGAUUUAACAUUGUUUGAAGAUGAACUUCAUGAUAAUGGCAUUGCAGUUUGCUCUGUAAAAAUUCGAGUUAUGCCAACUAGCUUUUUCAUUUUAUUGAGAUAUUUUCUGAGAAUUGAUGGUGUAAUGUUGAGGAUAAAUGAUACGCGGCUGUAUCAUGAAUUUGGUCAAGAUUAUAUAUUAAGAGAAUAUACAUCAAGAGAAGCCAGGGUUGAAGAAAUACGUGUUCCACCAUCACUUUUUGUAGAGCCAAGCGAAAUAGCACCACAUUUGCCCUUAACUGGAUGUCAGUAUCAUAAGCUAAUAAUGAUGUCAAGUAAAACAGAAUUAGUCACAAACAAUGACAACGAAUUGGUUAAUGAAAUAGUAACAGCCAGUGUAACACCUAGAGCUAAUAUAAGUGAAAUAGACAAUUCUGUUACCUAAAAUUUCCAUUUAUAUAUAAAUAUAUCACAAUCUGAAACAAUCAAA